AUGCACCUGCAGCAACAAGAGGCGCUGCAGUUGCAGCGGGCGGAGCGGCAACAGCAGAGGCAGCAGCAGGAUGAAGUGGAGGAUAUGGCAGAAGCAAAUGAGAAAUUGCAGCAGCAGCAGCAGCAGCAGCAGCAGCAGCAGGACUCGCUACCAGCAAGCCCGCUCCGUGCAGCCAGCCCCUCGCCGCCCCACCGCGCCCCAGCCGCCCGUUCCCGCGACGACGCCGUCGCGCAGUCUGCCGCGCAGCGCGCCCAGCUGCUCGCCGGCCCCGCCGACGCGGCGGCACUGCGGCAGGCGAUCUCAGAAAUGCGAGGGAAGGUGGCGUGGCUGGAGGGGCAGCUGGAGCGCGCGCUGCGCGCCCGCGAGGCCGCUGAGGAGCAGAUGGCGGCCGCGGCGGCGGAGCGCGCAGAGGAGCGCGCCUGGCACGAGGCGCAGCGGGCGGACCGGGAUCGGGAGGUGGGGCUCCUGCGCGCCAAGGCCGCCGCGCUCGAGGCCGCCGCGGCGGCCGGCGCGGGGGCGGGGAGCGGCGGCGGCGGGGCCGCGCGAGGCGGGGGGAGUCCGGGUUCGGAGGCGCUGCAGGCGUCGGUGGGCGCGGAAGACGCGGCGCUGCUGCGGGCUUACCAGCAGGAGAACGAGGCGGCGACGCGGCGCAUCAAGGACCUGGAGCAGCAGCUGAGCCAGGCGCGCGCGGUGCUGGUGGCGGAGGCCGGUCGCCUGGAGCGGCACUUUGCGGCGACGCAGGAGCAGGAGCGUCGGCACGGCGCGGAGGCGGCGGAGCGGCUGCAGAAGCUGCUGGAUGCCCAGGCGGCGCUCCAGGCGGCGCAGGACGCGGCCGCCGAGCGCGAGGCGGAGCUACGGGGCCAGAUCGCGCGGCUGAGGCAGGAGAAGCGCGAGCUGGAGGCGCGCGCGGCCGGGGUGGACCUGCGGGCCAUGGAGGAAGGCGACGCCCUGGUGGCGGCCGUGCGUGCUGAGAUGGAGGCUAUGGCGCGCGCGCACGCGGAGCAGGCGGGUGCUCAUGCCAUUGUGGCAGCUCUAGAGUCACGCCUGGCAUGGUUUGCUGAGAACCAGGAGAUGAUCGGUGCCAGCGACUCACUGAUAGCUGAGCAGGGGGAGAGCAGCGCGUGA